AUGCAGUCAACCGCGCAACAAGAGUCUGUCCAAGGUUUACGACGACAACAACAACAAAAGAAUAAUGAAACUAAAGCUGAAUUGCAGAUAGACGGAGCAGAGCAUUAUCUUUUCAAAGGCGUCAUUGGAGGUAACUACAUGAGUCCAAUCAAAGCGAAUAAUAUGAAGAAAUGUCUCGAAGUCGGAUUUGGAUGUGGCAUCUGGAUGAUGGAAAUGGCUAGCGAGUUCCCAGAAUGUCAAUUCUACGGUAUCGACCUGAAUCCAAAAACACCAGAAAAUACUUAUCCCGAUAACUGUAACUUUCUUAAAGGAGAUUUUACUGAUGGGCUUCCAUAUCCUGACGAAACAUUUGAUCUGGUGCAUGUAAAAUCUCUCUUAAUGUACAAGCCGGUAGAGCACGUUCACAAGUUACUAAAAGAGAUUUAUCGGGUCACAAAAAAAGGUGGAUAUUUCGAAUAUAAGGAACCUCUCCGAAUAAAAAACGCAGGUCCAAUUCUGAACAUGGUACAAGAAGGAUGGGACAUUUUUUUAAAAGAGCAAAAAAUUGACAAGGACCUAGUGCUCUCGUUAGAUCGUGUACUAUUGCAACAGGGAUGGAAAGAUGCAGCAUUAACGACACAUUUGAUCUCCGUAGGAGAGAGCGAAGAUUCAGCUUCUAAUAUGUUUUACGAAAGUUGGAAAAAAUUCUCUGAAACGUUCUCUGACAUUUUUACUACGCUCAUUGAGUUUCCUCGCAAAGAAGAGUUCAAAAAGUUGGCCCGGAAUGACCUUGAACCAGAAUGCAAAAAGUUCAAGACUGGCGUAGAGAUUGCUGUUGGAUUUGCCACAAAACGUCCAAUAUCAACCAAUUGA